CUCUCCGCACUCAGAUCUGGAAGAGGAGGGAUCUAAAUCUGAACUCCUGGAUCUGACGGACGCUAGCUAACUAGGUGGAUAUUUCCAAAGAUGUACAGAAUUCAAGGCAACGGGUCCAACAGACUUAACUUUCUGCCACGCUUCAGUGGUAUCUACUCUUUUUCGGACGCGCAGUAGUUAAAAGUAAAGUUAUUUUUUUCUCUCCCGGAGAAGACGGAGCUCCUGGGAAGUGAACUCCAUCCAUGCUUUGCUCGGCGGGGACAAGAUCCACGGAGAUGUGAGUUUGUUCGGCUAAAAGCACAACAAGGAGACGUAAAAGUGAGAUUACCUAAAGAGGAAGUAAACGUCCUGAGGUGGAUUUGUGCCGAAGUUAUGAAAAUGACCGGCACCAUGGAAACUUCUUUCAAACUGGCUUUGAAGAAACCGCCCUCGCUGCGGACAGCAGAGGACCUGCACACCAUCUACUGCCACCUCUACCACAUGGAUGUCCUCUCUCACCUAAGGGAACAUCAGCUAAGGUCGAUGUGCACCUCGGCCAGGUAUGAGAGACAUGAGGCGAACCACAUCCUGUUCUACCCAGACAGCAUCGCUACCUGUUGGUACAUCCUGCUCUCUGGAUCAGUCUUCGUCAAGGAGCACAUGUACCUGGCAAGGUGCUGUUUUGGCAAGCAGCUGGGGGGCAGACGAGGCUGUGAAUGCAUCACUUUGGAGCCGUCAGAAAUGAUUGUGGUGGAUAACGGCAGCGAGGGGGACGACAGUUUCCUGCAGAGAGAGGGAUCCCAACGGAGGUCUAGGCGCCGCUUCAGGAGGGUCAACCCCAGGGGAGAGCGGGAAGUCAUCACAGACGGCCAAGAACCCGCGGGCUACAACACGGAUUAUGUCAGUAACCAGCUUCCUGCUGACCUCAAUAAGAUGCACCUAACGGACCACGCCCAUCAGCAGGUGAUGCACAUGCCCCCCAGCCAAUCAGGAUGCAGCAUCGCCAGCGACUCGGGGAGUAGCAGCCUUUCAGAUAUUUACCAGGCCACAGAGAGCGAGCUCGGAGAUGUGGACCUGUCUGGACUUCCAGAGGCUGCGGUGGACAGUGAGGAAGAGGAGGAGGAAGAUGAGGACCUGGAGAGAGCUUCUGACACUCUUCUGGGCCGAGACCUGGUCCGAGAGUGUCUUGAAAAAGAACCAGCCGACCGCAACGAUGACGACAUUGAACAACUACUGGAGUUCAUGCACCAGCUGCCUGCCUUUGCCAACAUGACCAUGUCUGUGCGCAGAGACUUGUGUAGCGUCAUGGUGUUUGAGGUGGUGGAGCAGGCUGGCACAGUCAUACUGCACAACAAGCAGGAGCUGGACCUCUGGUAUGUUAUCCUGAACGGGGCGGUGGAGAUCAGCCAUCCAGAGGGAAGAGUGGAGACUCUUUGCAUGGGUAACAGUUUUGGCAUCUCACCCUCAUUGGACAAACAGUACAUGAACGGGGAAGUUCGCACCAAGGGGGACGACUGCCAGUUCGUCUGCAUUGCCCAGGAGGACUACUGGCGUAUCCUCAACCAUGUGGAGAAGAACACACACAAGGUGGAGGAGGAAGGGGAGAUUGUGAUGGUGAAGGAGCACCGGGAGCUUGACCGCAGCGGGACCCGGAAGGGACACAUUGUCAUCAAGGGAACCCCAGAGCGUCUGAUCAUGCACCUGGUUGAAGAACCGUCAGUGGUGGACCCCACCUACAUAGAAGACUUUCUGCUGACCUACAGGACCUUCCUGUCAAAUCCGAUGGAGGUCGGCAAGAAACUGCUGGAGUGGUUCCAGUUGGACAGCCUCCGGGAUACGGUAACGAGAAUAGUGCUGCUGUGGGUCAACAACCACUUCAAUGACUUUGAGGGUGACCCAGCCAUGACACGCUUCUUGGAAGACUUUGAGAUACAUCUGGAAGCAACAAAAAUGAAGGGCCAUUUGCGGCUGCUGAACAUAGCAUGUGCAGCCAAGGCUAAGUGGAGACAGAUCACUCUGCAGAAGGCGUCCAGGGAGUCGCCGCUCUACUUCAGCGUGCAGGGCGGCAGCGAGAGAGGAUUCGGCAUCUUUGUUGAGUCGGUGGAAGAAGGGAGUAAGGCUGCAGAGACGGGACUCAAACGGGGAGAUCAGAUCAUGGAGGUCAACGGUCAGAACUUUGAGAACAUCUCCGUCACCAAAGCUGUUGACAUCCUCAGAAAUAACACACACCUCUCUCUCACCGUCAAAACCAACAUAUUUGUCUUCAAAGAGCUCCUUAGCAGAAUUGUGCAUGAGAAAAAGAACGGCGGCCCUCACAUUCCCAAGAUCCAGGAGAAAAAAGGCAAUCGCUUCUCCAUCCCCGACCUUCCCGGAGACAUGGAGUUUCCUACAGACCACAAGAGCACCAGGAAAAUGAAGGCCAACACUGUGUCAGGAGGACGAAACAAGAUCAGGAAGAUGCUGGAGAAGACGCGCUUCAGUAUACUGCCACCCAAACCAUUCAGUGAUGGUGGUAUGGGUCAGUCUCAGGAUGACAGCAUUGUGGGUACCAAGCAGUGUCGUCACAGCGUGGCCAUCAUGCCCAUACCUGGAAACCUGUCAUCCAGCAGUCCCGACCUGCUGCAGCCGGCCACCAGUGUCCUCGACUUCUCCAACCCGGCAGACAUCCCAGACCAGGUGAUUCGGGUGUUCAAGGCCGACCAGCAGAGCUGCUACAUCAUCAUCAGUAAGGACACCACUGCCAAGGAUGUGGUCGCCCACACUGUCAAUGAGUUCGGCCUGAUCGCAGCACCCGAGAACUACUCCCUGUGCGAGGUAUCAGUUAGCCCGGAGGGAGUCAUAAAACAGCGCCGCCUGCCCGACCAGCUCUCCAAACUGGCUGAUCGGAUUCAGCUCAACGGGAGGUACUACCUGAAGAACAAUAUGGAGACGGAGACGUUGUGUUCAGACGAGGAUGCCCAGGAUCUCCUCAGAGAGAGUCAGAUAUCUCUGUUGCAGCUCAGCACCAUGGAGGUUGCUGCCCAGCUCUCCAUGAGAGACUUUGAACUCUUCAGGAACAUCGAGUCCACAGAGUACGUCGACGACUUGUUUAAGCUAGACUCCUCGAUUGGAAGUGGUAAUCUGAAAAAGUUUGAGGAGGUGAUAAACCAGGAGACCUUUUGGGUCGCCACAGAGAUCCUGAAGGAACCCAACGCCCUGAAGAGGAUGAAGACCAUCAAACACUUCAUCAAGAUCGCCCUGCACUGCAGAGAGUGCAAGAACUUCAACUCCAUGUUCGCUAUUAUCAGUGGCCUGAACUUGGCACCGGUGGCUCGGCUGCGGAGCUCGUGGGAGAAGUUGCCCAGUAAGUACGAGAAGCUGUUCGGAGACCUGCAGGAUGUCUUUGACCCGUCCAGGAACAUGGCCAAGUACCGCAACAUCCUGAGCAGCCAGAGCAUGCAGCCACCCAUCAUCCCGCUCUUCCCAGUGGUCAAGAAGGAUCUCACCUUCUUACAUGAAGGCAAUGACUCCAGUGUUGAUGGUCUUGUGAAUUUUGAGAAACUGAGGAUGAUCGCCAAGGAGAUCAGACAUGUGGUGCGGUUGACCUCAGCAAACAUGGACCCUGCCCUCAUGUUCAGACAGAGGUCUUUGAGUCAGGGCAGCACCAACUCCAACAUGCUGGAUGUGCAGGGCGGCGCCCAUAAAAAGCGAGUACGUCGCAGCUCGCUUCUCAACGCCAAGAAGCUGUACGAAGACGCUCAGAUGGCCAGAAAAGUUAAGCAGUACCUGUCCAACCUGACGGUGGAGAUUGACGAGGAGAAACACCAAAUCAUGUCCCUGCAGUGUGAACCAUCCUACAGCACCUUGUCAAAGAACUUGAAUGAGAGACGAUCCACCAAGUCGGACAUGUCUCCGGUGUCUCUGCGGUCAACUCUGCCCUCUGGGAAAACACAAAACAGGGUCUCACAAGUCCUUCAGGUCCAGGUCCCACUUAACCCUCUACGAAAGAAGAGCACUGCCAAGGACAUAGGCACACUUAACUCAAACUCUCCCCAGGUAGUGAAGAAACCUCCAGUGAACUCGACAGAUGACACCAUCUCCAUCCUCUCCUCUCUCCACUCCAGCCCCACGGUGUCGCCGCAGGGCUCCCCACGCAAAGUAGGAGGCAUGGCCAAGUCCCAGAACUGCAGCCACAUGAACUUGUCGGGAUCUUCAUCAUCACUGACCAGCGACGCCAGCACGAAGGCCGGCAAUGUCAGCUUGCGCAGCUAUGGCAUAGGUUACACCCUUCUACCGGCCGGUAAAGCAGACAACCUGUCGGACUCAAGUCACAGCGAGAUCUCCUCCCGCUCCAGUAUCUGUUCAGUUGACUCCGUGCCGGCUCCCGGGCUUGACGACAGGUGUAAUAGCAACAACAGGAACUGUGCUACUACUGCUAUUAGUACUACUACAUUGGCUGCUGCUGUUGCUGAGAGCACAGUGGCAACGCAUGCACACUUAAAUGCUGAUUACAACCAGCCCAGCACAAGUAGUUGCACGUCGUUGGCCCGAGGAUACGUAACAAGAGCCUCCACCUUCACCUCCUCCACCUCAACGGAGGAGCUGACCCCGGACCACACCUCUCUGGACUCAGUUGUUGACAGCGGCCGUGGAAGCUGGACGUCCUGCUCCUCCAACUCCCACGACUCCUUCCAGAGCCUCCCCGCCUCCUCCUGCCGGCCCUGGGACCACGGCAUCCACGGGCAUCCGCUUUCCCUCCCACACACGCACCUUGGUGGCUUCAAGCACACGCAGCUGGCCGGGCCGAUAGCGGAGGUCGAGACAGCCGGCGGGCACUCGUGGGCGAACGAGGACGCCGCCAAGCAGCACUCCAGAAACUCCAGCUCGGAUCUGUCCAAUCAGUCCCGGCAGAGCUGGGCGUCGUCCAGCUCGCUGUCGGACACCUACGAGGGGAAUUACGGGACGAUAAAGCGUCGAAACACCUCGGAGCAGCCCUCCUCACCAUCCAACGAGGAAGGAGGGCAAAGCACAGACCCUGUCUACAAAACGGUGACGUCAAGCACAGAGAAGGGCCUGAUAGUGUACUGUGUCACCUCCCCCGCCAAGGAUGAGCGUUACCGAGCUCCUCCUCCCACCCCUCCAGGCUACCAGGGUCUGGCUCUGGGGGAUCUCGGCCUCACAGACGGAGUAGUAGGUGGGCCAGGAGGUCUCCUCCCCAGGCCUCCACACCUCAGACCUCCAGACUACAGUGUGGCCCUGCAGAGGAGCAAACUCCUGCAGAGCCCUGGAGUGGCCGGCGGUCUGGCUGAGGCACGGAGGCUGGCUGCUAACCAUCACCUCCACCAUCAAGAGGCCCGGACUGCCGCCGCCAUGCAGGGCCACUCCAGACCGCCCAGCAUGUGUCUCCCACCACAGGAUCUGGCUGAUAGUGAGGAUGAUGAACAAGUGUCAGCGGUGUAAGGACAUGGACGUCGCACACAGAUAUUCUCACACGGGCCAAGUCGUGGUGAUCAGGCUUUGGACUAAGCUAGCAGCCUGCCAUCACCACGUAUCAGAGCACAUUCUCCAAGCCCCGCCCACAAUCCCUGUGUGACACCUGUGUGAUCAGAGCCGUGGGUCAUGUGACCACUCUCCAUCUCCCAGAACUCUUACAGCCAUCUCUUUUUAAACCCAUUUAACAAAACAUAGAAGAAAAGAAAGAUACUUUUUAAAAACUCUUGAACAAAGCAGAAAGAGGCGGCGUGAUGGUGUCGCAUCACCGUCGACGGAUGUUUUUUUUUAAAAAAAAGGACAAAUAGUAGCAAGAAUAACGACGUCUUGUGAGAAGAAAUUGGCCUCUUUGGAAACAGAUCACCAUGUACCUCCAUUUUGAGUUUCAAGCUCUCUUGUCUAAAGCUGUUUCACAUGGUUUUUACACUUUUAACAUGUACAGUGAUUUUUUUUUUUUUUUUUUUUUCCCUCUUCCUUUCAACUUUUAUAUGAGAAUAAUGAGGAGGAGCAGACAAAGGGACACAAAGGUGCAGUCAGUAGUGUGCAAGUAUUACGACGAAAAUUAGCUCGUAGGGGAUUUUUUUUCCUUGUUUGUUCUGCUGUUUUUGUUUGUCGUCAGCUUUCAGCUCGAAAUAAGAUGAAUGUAGAUGAAUAUGAUUCAAGAAAAAAAAAAACUGAUUUUGAGAUUUCUCCAACAAAGAAAA